UGCUUUCACUUGUCUGUUCGGCAACUUUGGCUGUUAAUUCGCCUUUGCACUUCUUUGUUAAGCUGCCCAUUGAGAACAACGGAUACGAUUUGAAGCAGCAGACAGAAAGAUGUUUCUAGAAGGGAUUCUUCUGCUUCUGUUUGUUAUUCUUACAAGCUCCUUCACUGGCUCAUUGGAAGUCCUAAUAAAAGUGCAAAAAAAUACAGAAACAACUAUGGAAGGGUCAAGUGUGACCAUCCCCUGUGUUUACUUACACAAAGAGGAUAAUUUGAAACUACUGUGGUUUAAAGAUUCUAAGUUUGAUGACAAUACAAAAUUGUUUAAUGGGACUAUUGUAUACAGUAACACAAAGGAACGCCCCCCUUCGCCAGAAUACUCCAACAGAGUGGAAUACAUCACUGAUAUAACAUCAACAUCAAUGACGGAAAACAAAUGGAUACAAUGUAAUUUAAGAAUCACUGAUCUACAAACAACAGACAGUGGGAACUACAGCUUUAGACUUAUUGGUUCAAAAAAAGAAAAUAAGUACAUGAGUACAGCUAUGAAUCUCAUAGUAAAAGGCAACCCUUGUAAAGUGCACACUGAAGCAUCAGAGCCAAAGAAUCCACUCAAGGAGUUAGAAGAAUAUACUGUUAACUGUUUCACAUUUGCUUCCUGCCCGGAUCAUCCUGAGUGGCUCAUCUAUACAUCAGGACAAAACCAAGAAUGGAUGUCCUCCUCAUUAACUGAUAUGAUCAUAAAGACUGAAGAGGAAGAUGGCGGAAAGGUAACCAAACUGAAACUCAAUGUGACAUGGAAGGAUGACGAAAGGAUUCUGUCUUGUCGUCCAGCCAAUGAUCAGGACAGCAGCCAGAUCAGAAAUAUCACUCUGUCUGUGGAAUAUGGACCUAAAGAGACAACCGCAAAAGUGAGCUCAGAGGAUGUGAAGGAAGGAGAAUCUGUCACUCUCUCCUGCACCAGCAGAGGUCACCCUAAUGUGACUUUCUUAUGGUUCAAAAAGGAGAAAGUAGAAAUGUCUCAAAUGUCUGACUUUAAACUAAAUAAUGUGAACCCAGAAGACAGUGGAAACUAUUAUUGUGAAGCUAAAAACGAGCAUGGAAAAAUGGAAUCAAAUAUCAUUACAAUUGAUGUGAAAUAUGGUCCAAAAGAUGUCACAGUGGAACCUCCGAUCGGUGUUGCAGAUUUCAAAGAGGGAGACAAAUUGGAACUCAGUUGUUCAGUUAAAAAAAGUAACCCAGAGGUCAAACAGUUUACAUGGUACAAUAACAACAACCUUCUACAACAAACCAGCAAGAUAUUAUCCAUCAGUAGUGUUACAGCAGACGAUAGUGGAUUUUACCAUUGCUGCGCUGAUAAUGGUAUAAAAUCAGAGAAGUCAAAUGAAAUCUUGGUAUCUGUAAAGUAUUCACCACGAAACAUCAAUAUACAAGGCAGCUACACUGUAAAAGUGUACUCCAGACUGAGUUUGACAUGCUCAGCUGAUGCCGACCCUCAACCAAUAGAAUACGCAUGGAAGCACACACCUGGACUGACUUCUUUCCCAUUAGAGUCUCAAACUGGACAGUUAAACAUUGACAAUGUGACCAUUCAGCAUGCAGGGCAGUACACAUGUGAUGUUACCAACACCAUUGGAACAAGAUCACACACCAUUAAUGUUGAUGUGCUUUAUCCUCCAUCUAAUCUCAGUUUGAUUAUGAAGAGUGAAGUGAGAGAGUUUGAAGUAUUCUCCAUUAUCUGCACGGUUCAAAGCUUUCCUUUGUCAGACCUCACAAUGACAGAGCCUCAGUACGAUCUCAUAAAUAUUCAAAACAAUCGAAGGAACAUCACUAAAUCUGCAAACAAGUUAACUGUAUACUUUAACGUAACUGAAUCAGAUGCAGGAAUGUACAAGUGCAAAGCAGAGAAUUCAGAGGGAAAUCUAGAAUCUCAUCAACAAGAGCUAACUGUGUUUUAUGCACCUAAAAAUGUGACUACAAGUUCUAAAGGAGAACAGACGUUUGGGGGUGAGCUGACUCUUACAUGUGAGGCUCGCUCCAAACCUGCAGCCUCAUAUGAGUGGAAGAAAAGCUUCAAUGGACAAUUAAAGACAGUUGGACAUGAACAGAAACUAUACUUUCGUUCUCUGAGUAUCUCUGACUCUGGUCAGUUCGUCUGCAUUGUGAAAAAUUCCAUUGGAGAAAACAAAUCUCAAUCAGUAGACAUCAGGGUGAAGUAUACUCCAAACAUAAAUAUUGUCCAUAACCAGACAGAGUGGAACUGGGAGCUUCCAGUCUAUCUGACCUGUAGUGCAGAUGCGUAUCCUCCUGCAUCUCACUACAAAUGGUACAGAGAGGAGGACAACACCACCCUCCUGUCAGACCAGCAGAACUUCACUGUUCAACCUCAGAACCCAGGAAUGUAUUACUGUACAGCAGCCAAUAGUGUCGGAAAUUCACGAUCCGAACACAUCAAGUUAUUUGUCAGUAACCCUAUUGAGAUGCUCUACCAGAUCAUCUUACCUAUCAUUCUCCUGUUGAUUCUCAUUGCUGUGGCCAUCUUUCUGAUACGCAGGACUAUCAACAAGGCAAGAUUAGAUCAGCAAAGCGGAGCAGAUAAUCCAUUGUGUUUUUUCCCAGUAUUCCUGUCACGCUCUUCUACAGUGGCAAACUUACUUUUAUUGGGAUCACAAAAUAACACCCAGGAGAAUCUGUCAAUGGAAGACAUUCCUGAUCCAAUUCAUGGAAGGGUUAAUCAAUCACAUCCAACACCCCAUUCCCAAGAACCUACACAAGCACAGGACCUCAAUCCAAGGACAAAAUCUAAUAUCCACACUGUGUAUUCUGCCAUUGAACUGCCACCAAUGAAACUGGGAAAACGUUCCCCAAAAUCACAAAAACCUGGAUAUACGGACAAUGGCUUAGAUACAUCUACCUUAAAUUAUGUCACUCUUGAUUUCAAGGAACAAAAUGAUGCCAAAAGAGCACCUGAAGAUUCAGCAGUCUAUGCCAUGGUGUCAAAAAAUAAGCAGUCAAAGAAUUCCCAAUCAGAACAUAACGAUUAUGAGAAUGUUUCUUCUGCAUGUGCCUCAAGACUCCCAUUCAACAAUAUAGACUGGGAAUCUGAUACCAGUGAAGAAGAUGAAGUGAAUUACACCACUGUGUCAUGUUCUACCAAACUAGCUGUUAAAGAACCCAGACAUAACCAGAGGAGCCAUCUUGGCAGUUCAAGCUCUGAUGAUGAGGAAAGAACUGAAUAUUCAGCCAUAAAAACAUAAACAGUUUCCAAAUGAAGUAUUAAAACCAUAAUCAAUUAUAGUAUUAGUCUAUGUUAUUUGAAAGUUAUAAUUAAGAUAAUUGUAUACAAAUCAUGAUUCUAUGAAAGUGGUAAGAAUGCCUUCCACUCAUCUAUUUUUUUUUUCUCAGUGUGACUUUCCAUUGCAUUAAUAUAAUAUUGAAAUAUUCUGAAUUAUGCUUAAAGAUACUAUUCCUUUGUAUCAAUAUGCCAUAUAUUUGUGUUUUUAUUUCAGUGGUGCUUGCAUGGAAAACUGAUUUAGGUGUUGUGUAAAUAUUGUUUCACUAAAUAGUGUGAAAUGUAACAAUAUAGCUACGUACUUUAAUUAAACAUGUAUUUGCCAAUGAAAAA